AUUAAAAAAACCCUUAUUACUUAAAAAUGGUAACCUUGGGACAAUAACUCUUUUAAUAUUACAAUCAUUUGUAACGAAUUAAAAAAUGGCGAGUUGCUGCACGUGCACCGGCACUGGAGGCAGCACAGGCUCUCCCGGCAAAUCUUCCCUACCCCUAAUAUGUCUCGUGCCACGUGGCCCUGAAAAGGACACAGCUCGGCUACCACCAGCCCGAGCAAUGGGAGGGGCGUCCAGUACAGCUAAGAGCGAUUUCCAACUCCUCGAUGAAGACUACAUUAAAAAGAACUUCAAAUUACCGCAACGAGCCCUUUAUCUUGAUCCGUUCAGGCGACCUCUCAUCACUUUUCCCAUGACCCAAGAAGAUGUAAAGCACUUCAAUUUAGCCCGCAAAUAUAAGAUUAACCAGCAAAUUCUUGAUGGCUUCCUCGACCCUAGUGAAGCAAUAUCUGCACCUAGUGUGUUUCCAUACGCAAAAACCGAAUCUGAAAAACGUAAAGAAGCUGAAGAAGACGAGGAGAUUAUUUACAUUUUACAAUUACCAGACUGGGAAUAUAAGUGCCCUGUCCACAAUCAAACUGUUCGGACUCCAAGAUUUAUUUGGCAUUCGUGUAAGAAAACCGAUAAGACUAAAGGUGGCGAAUUAAAACAAGGAAAAGGACCAUUAAACAAACCAAAACCUUGGCUCCUGAGUAGACAUACGGACUUUGAUUUAUUGUCCCAAUGGUAGCAGAAAAAUAAACAUAAAAAAAUUAAAAUUACAUAUUACCUGGUAGGUACCGGGUAGGUUCGUGUUAUUCGCUGAUGUAACAAAUUACAUACAAUAAUGUUUUAAUUUAUAUUUACAUCGAAAAAAAUAUACCUGGUUUCAAUUUGAAUUCAAUUCUUCACAUUCCUUUGUAAUUUCCUUUAUAUAAUUUUCAAAUAAAAUAGUUUCUGACAAAAUAUUACAUAU